AUGAUGAAGAGGCACAAGUUCGAGCUCGACGACGACGAGCACGAGGACGACGAGUACGACGACGACGAGUACGACGACGACGAGUACGACGACGACGAGUACGACGACGACGAGUACGACAGUCUCCGUUCCCCGCGGUCUGGGGAUGAUUUCCCCGUGCAAGAUCCGAUAGCAAGGAUGUUGAGGAGCCUACGGGAGAUGCAACACGACGGUGACGAGCACGACGAAGGCCAAGGGUCUGGGGAUGAUGAGCCCGAGGAUCCGAUGGCAAGGCUGCCGUGGUGGCUGCGGCAAGUACUGCCUCAGAGCGUGACCAACGGGGCUGGGCGGAGCGAAAGCGUACCUGCUCGCCUCCUCCUCGGGGGAGUGGGGGACGCCAACCCGCGGAACGGCAACCCGCGGGACGCCAACCCGCAGAAAGGCAACCCGCGGGGCGCGUGGACAUUCCGUGGAAUGAAAUACGUGGCAGCUGUCGUGGUGAUUGGUGGCGUCGCCUACGCAAUUUAUCGGUGUUACAGGUCUGAGGGUGCGGGUGAGGUGUUCCGUUCUUCGCCCUCACCUGAGACUGUCUCCGUAGCGGAGACACGCGAGGCUGGGGCGCUCCCCCCGGAAGCGCCGCGGCCCCGCCCGCGCGGUUUCCAGCUGCUCCAGGGAUUUUUGUCCCUGGAGCAGCGCGGGAAAUGA